AUUGAAGGGAAUUGGAAAACUGUUUAUUUAGCUUCCAGUACCGCAGAGAAGAUAAAAGAAGGCUCACCCUUACGCACCUACUUCCGUCACAUUGAGUGUAUGAAGAAAUGCAAUAAAAUCUUCCUCUAUUUUUAUGUCAAGAGAGGAUCCAACUGCCAACAGCAAGAAAUCAUUGGAAGAAAAAGGCAAGAAUUUUACCAGGCAGACUAUGACGGAAAAGUAACAUUCAUGGUAAAGAUGGUGAAUGAUAAGAUAUUGCUGUUUCAUUAUUUUAACAAGGACAAGAGAAAUAAAGUCACGCGAGUGGCUGGAGUUUUGGCAAAAGCCAAUCAACUGACUAAGGAUGAGAUGACGCAGUACAUGGACUUGGUGGAUGAAAUUGGCAUUGAGGAUGAAAAUGUAAUACGUGUCCUGGACACAGACACCUGUCCAAGGAAAAUCAGGGAUAGGUAA